AUGCCAUCGAGAGUUAAUCUGAUGGUUGCGAUUUUGCUGACCUUGAACUGUGUCAGCUGCGCGAUAAAGAACUCGAGAUCGCUGCAGGAGAAGCGACAGGAGGAAGAGGAGAGAGCUGUCACUUACGACAGGAAGGUCCUUAGUUAUACGUACAGCAAUGUCACGUCUGAAAGUCUUGUUUCUCCAACUGGCGAUCACGUCGCCAGAGACACGACGGCCGAGAUGCACCUCCAGGACAUUCAUAGUGCGCAGCCCAGAAGCGGAGUCAAGGCACGAGGAAGACCUUUCAGACGAAGAAUGGACCGUACAAUGUUGGCGUUGCUAAUGGCAUACAAACUGAAAUUUGUUGCUUUGAUACCAGCGAUAAUCGGUGGCCUGUUCCUUUUGAAAGGGACGACGCUUCUUGCGGGAUUUUUCUUCGCUCUGUUCGCCGCCGUUCUGGGAUUGAAAGUACACUGAAAACGAGGUCCGAUAUUUUUGGAGAAUUUGUUCUGGGAAGGGUC